AUGUCUGACAAACCCAGUAUGGCUGAGAUUGAGAAAUUCGAUAAGCUGGAAUCGAAGACAGGAACGCAAGAGAAAAAUCCACUGCCUUCAAAAGCAACGACUGAACAGGAGAAGCAAGCAGGUGAAUCAUACUGAGGUGCCGCUGCCAAUAUGCACUGUACAUUCCACAAGCACUGCCUUAUUAUUUUCCUUCUUUUAGCUGUUGAA